CCAACUUAUACUCAGAUCUCAAUGCCCUUGUCAAUGUUGAACUGGAAAUGCAUCUUGCAAAGGACUCCAUCUCAAAGAAUCCUAGCAGACCUCUCUUCUGUACUAUUAGUCCUGUACUUGUGCAGCCAGCUAAUAGCCUGACUUCCAUGCUGGAAAAUCUUGGAACUUGUAUAUUCAAAAAUGGUUAUAAUUUCCAUGUACUCAACGCCCUACGGUACUAUAUACAGAAUUCAAUGCUAGAUCUGAUUUUCCCUAGUACCAUAUGCCUUGGCUUUAAUUUCAUGUGUAUUAUUAGGGUUUACAGCUUGCAACCUUCAAGAUUAGUCUCAUUUUCUUGUUUUAAAUAUGAGCAACAUCUCUGGCAACACUCAGUACGUUGUGAAAUCCAUGCUCACAAAAAUAUUUUAAAAGAAAUUUGAAUUCAAA